CACAACCAAAAAAUAGAGAAGUAGAUAAAAGAAGAAAAAAAAAAAAAAAUACCACUAGUGCAAAAAAUCAGAGUACCAAUGGAUUCUUGGAUCCUCUUCCUUUCCAUACUCUUAGCCCUCACUCUCUCCAUCCUCCUACUAUUAACAAAUCAUCAUAAAAAUCAGAAUCAGAAGCAGCAGCAGCCGCAGCAGCAGCAACUGCAAGAUGAGAAUCAGAAUCAGCAACAGCAGCAGCAGCAGCAGCAGCAUGCAAAGCAGCCCCCAGGUCCCCCCAGCUUUCUGCUGCUGGCCGACGUGAUAUGCCGCCGCCGAUCCGUCUUCGACACAGAGCACCUCAUCCGGGCCCUGCAUGCGCGGCACGGCCCCGUCGUCGCGCUCCGCCUCCCCUUCCAGCGCCGCCCGUCGGUGUUCGUCGCCGACCGCCGCCUCGCCCACCGCGCCCUCGUCGAAGGCGGCGCCGCCUUCGCCCACCGCCCGCCGCUCGUCGAGCCGAACGUGCUCUUCACGUGCGGCCAGCGCGACAUCAGCUCCUCGUCCUACGGCCCCUACUGGCGGCUCGUCCGCCGAAACCUCGCCUCCAAGAUCCUCCCGCCGUCCCGCGUCGAACUCUUCGCCCCGACACGCAGGUGGGCCCUCGCGGUGCUCAUCGAGAAGCUGAAAGCGCAAGCCGCGGCCAACGACGACGGCGUCGUAGUGGUGAUGGAGAGCUUCAAGCAUGCCAUCUUCUGCCUGCUGGUGUUCAUGUGCUUCGGCGUGAAGCUGGACGACGACACCACGAUCGCAGACAUCCAGGCCGUGCAGCAGUUCAUGCUCGCAGCCUUCACUGCAUUCCCGGUCUUCGCUUUCUUCCCGACGGUCACCAAGCUCUUGUUCCGCAAGAGGUGGAACGCGUGCGUUGCAACGAAUCAGAAGCAGCAGGAGAUCUUCGGGGCGCUGAUCCGCGCCAGGCAGGAGCAGAAACUGAAGCAGGAGUCUGACAGGAUAGCAGUCGCGUAUGUCGACUCCCUGCUCGAGCUCCGUCUGCCGGAGGAGCAGGGCAGGAGUCUCACUGAUGGGGAGGUCGUCAGCCUAUGCUCGGAGUUUCUGAGCGGCGGGACCGACACGACAGCAACCGCGUUGCAGUGGAUCAUGGCAAACCUCGUUCGACGGCCGGACAUACAGACGAAGCUAUAUGAAGAGAUCAAAACAAUGGUAGGGACAACCGAGAGGAAAGAAAUUGAUGAAAAGGUCUUGUCAUCUAUGCCAUACCUAAAAACAGUAAUUCUAGAAGGAUUGCGAAGACACCCGCCAGCGCACUUUGUGUUGCCACACACCGUCACAGCUAAUAUGAUGCUCGGCGAGUAUUGCGUUCCAAAGGGAGCUGAUGUGAACUUUAUGGUGGCGGAGAUAGGGUGGGAGGGAAAGGUUUGGGAAGACCCUAUGGAGUUUCGACCGGAGAGGUUCCUGGAGGGCGGGGAGGGAGAGGCGGUGGACAUAACGGGGAGUAGAGAGAUCAAGAUGAUGCCUUUCGGGGCAGGGAGAAGGAUGUGCCCGGGGUAUGGGCUGGCAAUGCUACACCUUGAGUACUUUGUAAGCAAUUUAGUAUGGGAGUUCGAGUGGAAGGCCAUAGAGGGNAUUUAA